AAAAUUUUUGGAUAACGUCUGCGUUUGCUGUUUACUAUUAUUUUUCACUGUGUGAAAAACAAAAUAACUUUCGCAAAUUACACUGCAGAUUGCAUUUAACUUACAAAUAGGAAAGUUGCAUAAAGUGCGCGAGUAAUUAAUUAGUGGAAUCGCAAAAGCAAGAACCAAUAAAAUUACUUCACAAGUAAAGUGGAAAAAGGCAAUAGUGCAGCGCGGCAGUAAUAGGAGCAGCGGCGCCAGCAGUAGUAGUGUCGGUAAAAAGUACAUAAAAUAAUUAUAAAAAGAAACGCAUAGAAAAUUACGGCCACCGUUAACACUUUUUGUACUUUUGUUGUGAAUUGAUGCUCAAUUAUUGUUGAAAUUUUGCUGGCGGCGUGCGCUCUAAAAAAGUGCCCAUAAUCUAAACGGCUGGCAGAAAUAACAAAAGACAAAUACUUCCGCGAAUCAACGUAUGCAACGGAACAGCAGCAAGAAGUCGAAAAAGCGACACGACCACAUUUUGUUGCAUUAGAAAAAGCAUCUGCGAAUUGUUUAUAAUUAAAUAUCACAAUUCACAAACCUAUCGACAGAGUAUAUAUAAUACUGUUAAUUUGAUAAUUGACAAAACAAAAGAAUAGAGUUUUUAUAAAUUCGCGUUAUCAUUGCUGCGUUGUGUGGCGGCUUUCGUUAAAAAUGGCUGCGGUAAAUGAUUGCUUCAGUAUUGGAUCAUCUGUGCUUUGCACGACCUGCUUCAACGAGGAGGUGGAAGGCGAAGUGCUCGCAUUUGAUCACAACACAAAAAUGCUCAUACUAAAAUGUCGUUCAAAAAACUCAGAGCAACUAAAUGAUGUGUACGUGUUGAAUUUGUCGCUAUGCAGCAAUGUCCAAGUAAUCAAGGAGUGUAAUGGCAACUUCGUUGAGGAUCCACAAAAGUUGAAUUUGGAGCAGAUAAAAAUUCGACUACGCAAUACAGUUCAACAGCGACAGACGUAUCUGAAGUCAAGAAAUGCAGACGUUAGCCUGGAGGCACAAGAGCUCUACAGAACAAUUGCAAAGCAAUUCAAGUCUAAUGAAGUAUCCUGGCAGGGAACUAACAUUCAAAUAUUUAAUGAAGUCACUGUUUCGCCACCGUAUCGAGUGGAAAAUGUCAUUACUACUUCUAAUAACAAGACUUUAUGCAAUUACAUCAAGAAAAUGAUCGAAAAAUUCUUCGAGAGCGCAUCACAGGAUAACAGCUCAGCUGCUGCGGGUACAUCAUCAGCUUCUUCGUCCACAUCUUCGUCGUUGUCAUCGUCAGCACCUUCAGCUUCAGUAGGCACAUCUUCGUCGAGUAAUGCGGCUGCAGGUUCACCUGUGCCAGCAAAUUAAUAGAAAAGACCACAAAAUCGUUUAAAAAAUAUAUAUACUAAAAAAUCACUAAA